AAAUAAUAGUAGUACAGUACCAACCGUCCGCCAAUCCAACGGCGCGACGGUUCCCCGAUAAGAUCUUCUCCACAAUGGCGACGGCGGUGGAACAAGCGCGGGCGAUAUUUGACUGUGUGGACACGUCCAAGGAUGGCGUGAUCGACCAGAGCGAACUGGGCAAGUUGCUGGAAGCCCUUGGUGAAGAUCCGACGCCCCAAAACAUUGUGAGUGCGCUGUUUCAACUGGACACGGGCGGCGACGGCACCAUCUCGUUUGACGAGUUUGUGUCGUUUUAUAAGCUCAACUACCUUCCACGGCACCCGACCAAACUGCUCAGUUCUCGAUAUGGUCCGGCUGGCAUUGGACACGCGAAAAGCGCAACGUAUACGUUGCCACCCCCCACGUUUUGCUUUGGAAAGGCUCUGCAACGCGACAAGGAGAACGCUGGCCAAGUGUUGAGGCAAUUGGGCGAUGCAAGCGAUGACGUUUUAUCUCGAAAGCGAGUGGGGUAUAAACCAUCUCAAUCCAAGCAACAACCAACUGCAUUGUCGAAUAAUACUCCGUCCAGACCGUCCACUGGUGUGAAUCGCCAGGACAAAGUUAGUGAAACGUUGGCAGGCUCGACUACUCAUACCAACAACGAAGCCGGCGUGGCGUUUGUAUUGCAGCAACUCAAAACCCAAUUGCAAACACGGGGAUUACAAGCGUUUCAGGCGUUGAGUCAGCACCUCCACGGGGGGGGCGUUGCCACGUCGUGGACGUUUCCUGCGUUUAAAUCGCUAGCGUUAGACACUUUGCACUUGUCUGCCACGGAAAAGGACCUUCGCGCCGUGUUUGCAGUGUUUGACACUAACGGCGACGGCACGAUCCAAGCAGCGGAGUGGGCCCGUGCACUGGAAACCCCCCUGAGUGGCAGCCGCUUGGAGCUAGUCACCCGAGCCUUUGAAUCCGUCGAUGUCCACCACACUGGCGCGGUCAGCUUGAGCACCCUUCGACGGCAGUUUGACGGAUCGGCGCUCCCCGAGGUCGAGUCUGGCGUGCUCACCAUCGACGAAGUGCGCAGCGAGCUCUUGGCAGCCAUGACCAACCUUCUCACUCGAGACGCAGCGAUAACCUGGCCUGAAUUCGCCAAGCAUUACACCCACGUGAGCUCGGCCACGUCGGACGACGCUGCGUUUACUCGAGUGGUGUGUGCCACUUGGAAUAUCAUGCCCCCAGGGUCACCACGCCCCAGGACCGCCUAUACCGGCCAGCGACCGCCACAAGCGUCCACCACAAGUUCUACAGCAAAGACGAAAGAAAAACGAACCAACUUUUCACGCAUUCAAGCCCCAUGGUUGACCCACGAUUCGGCCAGCUCGUUGCUGUAUGAAGGCAGUAAAAAUAACGAUCUCGGGACUGCAACCAACGACAAUGAACAAGGAAAAACAUUGUCGCCUCCAGCAAGAGAACUCGAUGCUGGCCUCCGUGGAAUUUUCACACGAAUUCGCACUCAACUCAAUGCAAUAGGAGUCGGGGGGUGGAUGGCUCUAUGCGGGGAAUCGACGGCGAUUUCUCUUGCACAAGACCCUUCACCAACCAAGAGCGCCCCUCCGCCAGUCAAGAAACUAUCCCUUCAAGCCUUUAAGGACACGAUGAAGAAUGCGGCGGGGGUCGUGCUGUCCGACAAGGACUGGCGGGUCAUCUUUGAGUGGUUCGCAGUGAAUCACACGUUGGACAUGCGCCACGUUGCUCAGCAACUGCACACGCCACUGUCGUCCACCCGCCUGGGGCUCGUACGUCGAGCCUUCCGGAGCAUCGACGUGGACAAAUUGGGGCGGGUGUCGCUGGUCGAACUCGUUGACCGCUUCGACCCGACGCAGCACCCUUCCGUGUUGAGCGGGAAGGCCACAGUCGAGGAAGUUUGCGACGUGUUGAAGAUGGUAUUUCCGGGCCCAAUGGUGACCGCCCACGAGUUUGAAGUCUACUAUGGAUGUGUGAGCCAGGCCAUUUUGGAGGAUGCCGAGUUCGAGCUGCAUGUGACGUCCGUAUGGGCGAGCCGGUUUGACGACGUGCGCAGCGAGAGCGGUCGGUCUACUUCCGUGUCGAGUUCGACGCGUGGAACCGACGAGCCUACCAAGAAGUCGCCGUUGACCCUUUACCACGAAAGCCAAAACAGGCUGGCGGCGGCCCUUACCAGCAAACCUAAAAAUACCACGGACAAGCCCAAAGCAACUGGCAGAACGAUACAGGAGUCGCCCAUAACGUUAGUGUCCAAGGCAUCAUCGAAAGCGGCCACGCGUGGAAACACAAGUCGAUUGAAAAAUGCAGGUGGUAUCAACCAUUGGAAUAACUCGAGCCGAUGCGCGACUAGUCCCAUGUCUACGACGAUCAAGAAAGCCAAGAGCUCCAAGAGUAGUAGUAUGGGGAAACCAAUGAGCACGACAGCAUCCAAGUACUAGAAGUACUAACUUAGCGCCGAGAACUACUGUGACGUUAUUAAUAGUAUGGUGCAAGUCAUCUAUUAAUAAAGACUAAAGAUUGGCCAUGCUCA